GGAGUGUGUAUAAAAGACACCAGGAGAGCCAGAAAGCCACUUAGCUGCAAACUCCUGGGAACAGUCCACGCUGAGGUCUCCAGGUUCUGGGCACAACUCCAGGUUUAUAGCUCAGUUCUCUCCGCCAUGAACCUCAGACCCAGGGCCACCUCUGCUCCUGUCUUACAGGUGUUGCUGCAGCUGUCACUGCUCCUGACUGCGAUGGUUCCCUUCACCCUCGGAGAAGGAAAUAGAAACUUAGAGGAAGCUGAAGUUUCUAUCCCAGCUGGAAGUGUGCAAGAGGAGCGCUAUGCUAAACUUCGCUGCAUGUGUACACAGACCACCUCUGGCAUUCAUCCCAGGAACAUCCAAACUUUGAAGAUGUUCAAGGCAGGAACCCAUUGCCCCAAUGUUGAAGUGAUAGCCACACUGAAGAAUGGGAAGAAGAUCUGCCUGGAUCCAAACGCUCCCAUGAUCAAGAAGAUAAUCCAGAAAAUUUUGGAAGGUGUUUCUAUCCCAGCUGGAAGUGUGCAAGAGGAGCGCUAUGCAGAACUUCGCUGCACGUGUAUACAGACCACCUCUGGCAUUCAUCCCAAGAACAUCCAAACUUUGAAGAUGUUCAAGGCAGGACCCCAUUGCCCCAAUAUUGAACUGAUAGCCACGCUGAAGAAUGGGAAGAAGAUCUGCCUGGAUCCAAACGCUCCCAUGAUCAAGAAGAUAAUCCAGAAAAUUUUGGAAGGUGAUGAGUCAGCUGCUUAAUCUAUUUACUUUCUGUCAAUUUUUUUUUUAAUCUCCCUAGAGUAGUAGGAGUUUGCAGCCUUAUCUUUCUGCAGUUUUUCUUUAUCCAGAAUACCUAGUCAUGCUGUAUUAAAUGCGGAUAUGUUUCCCA